AAAUUACUCCUCUCCCCAAAUAUAUAUCUCUCUCUCUCUCUCUCUUCUGCUCUUUCUCUGUGUUUUCACUUAUUUUACAACGGGAGGGCUAAAAGGCAAAAUCCGACAGUACGUUGCAGCAAAGGUUUCCACUGGAAGUCACAAUUUCUCUACCCCGAACCCGCACUCAGGCAUUUCCUCUGUUUCCCAUUUUCAGUAUUCCAGUAAGUUCCGCCGCCGGCCAUGACUCCGGUUUCAUCAAAGCUUUACACAGAUGAUGUAAGCCUAUUGAUGGUUCUGAUCGAUACUAAUCCGUACUUUUGGAGCUCCAUGAAGAAUACUGCCUUCACAUUCUCUAAAUUCCUAUCUCAUGUUCUUGCUUUCUUGAAUUCAAUACUUCUGCUGAAUCAGAUGAACCAAGUGGUUGUGAUUGCAACUGGUUACCAUUCAUGUGACUAUGUGUUUGAUUCGUCUAGUUCAAUGCAAAGGGCUGAAUGCUUGUUGGAGAAACUAGAAGAGUUUGUGGAUAAAGAUGAAUCCUUGAGUCAAGAAGACUCUGUUGAUGGAGUUGGAUUUUCACUUCUUUCUGGUUCCCUUUCCAUGGCUCUCUGCUAUAUUCAACGGGUAUUUCGUACAGGGCCUCUUCAUCCACAGCCUCGGAUAUUGUGUCUGCAUGGAUCGCCAGAUGGGCCCGGACAAUAUGUUGCAGUCAUGAAUGCAAUUUUCUCAGCUCAACGUUCAAUGGUAUGUAGAGGUUUAGUAAUUCUUUUCUUCAAUAUUGUAGCCGUUUCAUUUCCUUCUAGAUUAAUUCGAAAAUCACAACACUAUCUUCAUAAAGGUAAUCUCUAUAACCUAGGGAAUGGGACUCAGAUUGUUAUAUUGUGGUUCUACUCUAAGAAAUGCAUUUUAUUGCAGGUACCGAUUGAUUCGUGUGUAAUAGGAUCCCAGCAUUCUGCUUUUCUUCAGCAGGCCUCUUACAUCACUGGUGGUGUAUAUUUGAAACCCCAAGUAUCAGAUGGACUGUUUCAAUAUCUCUCGACGGUGUUUGCGACUGAUUUGCAUUCUCGUGCCUUUUUGCAACUUCCCAGGCCUGUGGGAGUUGACUUUCGUGCAUCGUGCUUUUGCCACAAGAACACAAUUGACAUGGGCUACAUAUGCUCUGUUUGUUUAUCCAUAUUCUGCAAGCAUCAUAAGAAAUGCUCAACAUGCGGAUCAAAUUUUGGAGAGGCACGAAAGCAGGAUCCCUCAGCCUCGGAUCAGAAGAGAAAGACCCCAGAUGGUAGUUGAACAGAUAAUGCUAAAGUUAUCCUUAACACCUCACAGGUUGCUGCACAACUGUGUUUCAAGAGCUUUCUUAUGAUAAUAAGCUCUCAGACGUUGAGGGUAGGCCUUCACUGGGACUUUAAUGAGUUUCAGCAGGAGGAAGUGGAAAUUAAAGAAAGCAGUGGAGUUGGAAGGAUGUUGACUUGUUCGGAUCAAUUUUCAAAAAAAGGAAGGCUAGGAGGACCAGAGGAAAAGCUCAAGACAAACUUCUCCUGACGAAAUAGGAAGUUUUCUUGUUACUAAACAAUUUCCUUUUCUAGAUGAAGGAAAACAGCGGGAUGAUCCUAAUCAACUGGUCUGGUUUUAAUCUUUCUAUAUAAAAUUGUUAUUACCGAAAUGGAAAGUUGGAAGUGGAGUUCCAAAACAAGUUAGGGUGUACAAAUUGCAAAUCAUAGUUCCAAACAUCUUUCGAAAUUUAGGUCCAUAGUUUCUGAUCGUCCUGGGAUUCGAAUUAUUUAUAGUAUCUCCGUCAAUUUACCUUUCUUAUGACAAAUCUUUGCUGGUGCAGAUGA